GAGAAUCUCAAUUUCUUUUGAUUCUCCUUAUAGUAAAUUAGGGUUUCCUAUUUGAUUUCGCCCCCUUUCGAGAGCUCAAUCUCCCGCCUUUUAUUCGUCUCCUUCCUCCUCUUGCUCCAAAACCCUAACUUUGCUUCGCUCGCUAUUAUCAAUUCCUCGGAUCGAUUUGGUGCUGGACGUGGAGGAAUCAGUGAUGGGCGCCCCGGAUAAGCCACAAUCUAAUUCCAAUUCGAUGCAGAGAGUGAAGGUGUAUCAUUUGAAUGAAGAUGGUAAAUGGGAUGAUAGAGGAACUGGGCAUGUAAGCAUCGACUACGUGGAGCGUUCUGAAGAACUCAGUCUAUGUGUAAUCGAUGAAGAUGAUAACGAGACGUUGCUUGUGCAUCCCAUCAACACUGAGGAUAUUUACAGGAAGCAAGAAGGUAGCAUAAUCUCGUGGAGAGAUCCAGAGCGGUCGACAGAAUUGGCUUUGAGCUUUCAAGAGACUGCGGGUUGCUCUUAUGUAUGGGAUCAGAUCUGCACUAUGCAACGAAACUUGUAUGUCAGCUCUCUGAACAGUGAACCAUUCCCUAGCCUGAAUAGUGAGUUGAGGGAGCUUCCUGCUGUAGAGCUUACUACCCUUCCCUUAAUACUGAAGAUUGUUACAGAGAACGGCAUGUCAGAUCAGAUGCGUCUAACUGAACUUAUAUUGAAGGAUCAUGAUUUCUUCCGGAAUCUGAUGGAUGUGUUUAAAAUAUGCGAGGACUUGGAAAAUGUUGAUGGCCUGCACAUGAUAUUCAAUAUUGUCAAAGGAAUCAGUUAGUACAACCAUACAUAUCAUUA